CGAGCUCAUGCGCACGAAACUGCUCCAAAAUCGAUAUCCAAUAAGAACGUUGGUCAUUGGCGUUCUGCUGCUAAUAGCCAAUCAAAACUCAGCCUGAACUCUACAUCCGUGUUAAACCAGAGUUCCCGAGCGGCGGAAUUUAUUGACGUAUCGUCUGCUUGUGGUGAGAGGGAAGCUCAGCAACAAUGACAUUACUGUAGAGGUGAUUGAGAUUGAGUUUUAAGCUGCAGUUCUCGUCGAGAAAAACACAAGUGUAACAAUGGCAUCGAAGCCUCACCAGGUCCUACUGGGGUUUGUAGACGAACAGAUCACCUCCAGGAAUCAGCAAAUGGCCAAUUUCUCCAUCAGCAAAAUUGGAGGAAUACCAGAUUGGUGCAUAAGUGGCUGCGAGAUUCCAAUAUGUAAGCGCUGUGGUCGAAGACAGUCACUGGUAGUUCAAGUGUAUUCACCUUUGGAAGGAGCUGUGCAUCACCGAACACUUUAUGUAUUUGCAUGUGUAACUCAGGAGUGCUGGAAUCGCCAACACAGUUGGACUUGUUUACGAAGUCAAGUCCUAGACCUUGCUGCUGUGAGAACCUCUGUCCCUCCUUCCAAGUGUCCACCCUCCGUGUCCUCGUACGGCGGAGAAAGUUGGUUCCAGGACGAGCACGACUGGGGAGGCAAUGAUAAUGACGGUAAUGGCAACGCUGAUAACUACAACUUGGCCUCAUCAUCACAGCUGUACCUGGACAACAUGGCAAAGACUGGAGGGGGGAGGAGUAACCUAAAUAACAUGAACUCCAACACAACCUCUAUUACCGAAGUUGCACAAAAGAUGGAGAGCAAACUGAAUAUUAUUGAGGAUGAUGCCAAUGCCAAUGAGGCAGUUUGUGGUGCUGUGGGUAUAGUGGGGUGUGAGGGUGAGGGUGUAGAGGCAACUGCAGUGAUUGAGGGUCCUGAAGGUGACAUGAUAGCAGUGGAUACUCCUGAGCAACCAACAACAGAUAUUCCUGCAUUAUUCCAGGAAGCGGCCCAAAUUGAUGCUAAUGCAGAUGUGACCUUCAGCCCGUUCUUCAUGGUCAGCGAUGUUGAACCCCCGGAGGAUGUUGCUUUCUCAGAACAUGAAAGGGAGUUAUUGUUGCGUUAUACACACACAACUGGACAUGACUUCAGAGAGGAGGAAAUUGCUGCAGGAGCUGACGGGAAGGGGGACGGAGUGUAUGAAAAGGACAUCGCCAUCCAUGGAGACGUUCUUCUUCACAAGUUCAAAAAGCGAAUUUCUCGUAGUCCACAGCAGAUCCUCAGGUACUGCCGGGAAGAAGGUGCAUCGCCACUUUGGUUACGCCCACCAGGAGCAAGUGAUGUGGCAACCAAGUGUCCGUGUUGUGGAGGGAGUAUGGUCUUUGAGAUGCAGAUCACACCCCAGCUCGUCCUCCAUCUCAGAGUGCCGGGUGUCCAGGGUACGCCACUUGAGUUUGGGAGCGUUGCUGUGUUUACGUGUUCUGCUUCAUGUUGGAAUGAAAAAGACAUUGUAAAACAAGAAGCAAUAGUUGUCCAGUGUGAAGUGAUAUAAAGAGAUUUUGUUGUCAGUAUCCCGAGAUAUGGCGUUUAGCCUCUGUACCGGGUAUUUAUUAAUCACCAAUAUAUUUUAGUGAGCCCAGUGAGGUUUGCUAGAAUUUAUCACUCCCUACUAAAUCAACUUUAUUUUUUUCAUGAUUGACUACAAUUGUAUUUGUUCACCGAAAGUUUAAAUUUAUAUGAAAGAGAAUAAGAAGCUUUAAACUGAAGGAGCCUGAGUUUGAUGAUCAUUUUAAACAUUAAAGAUUACUUAUCCAAGGGUGGAUCAGUGAUUUGGAAUAAGACCAACACAAGUACAGUAUAUAUAUAUAUAUAUAU